AUGCGUUCCAAGUUCAAGGACGAGCAUCCUUUCGAGAAGCGCAAGGCAGAAGCUGAACGCAUUCGUCAGAAGUACGCCGAUCGCAUCCCGGUUAUCUGCGAAAAGGUCGAGAAAUCUGAUAUCGCUACCAUCGACAAGAAGAAGUACCUCGUCCCCGCAGAUCUGACCGUCGGCCAAUUCGUCUAUGUUAUUCGCAAGCGCAUCAAGCUGAGCCCAGAGAAAGCCAUCUUCAUCUUCGUCGACGAGGUCCUUCCACCCACCCAUGCCCUCAUGAGCAGCAUCUAUGACGAGCACAAGGACGAGGAUGGCUUCCUUUACAUCACUUACUCUGGCGAAAAUACCUUCGGCGACUUGUAA